AUGACUUACACAUAUACCGUGUACAAGGGAUCUGAAUCCGGCACCAUAACAAAGUCGACUUGUGUCAAAGAGGCUCUCAAAGAUGAUCAGGUCUUUCUUAGGGUCACUGCCUCUGGUGUUUGCGGUACCGAUCUGCACUUCCGCAAGGCUGAUAUAGGCCUCGGCCACGAGGGAGUUGGUGUUAUCGAGGAUACUGGGCCUGCUUGUACACACCUAAAGAAAGGUGACCGUGUCGGCUGGGGCUAUGAGCAUAAUUGCUGCCAGCAUUGUGAGCAGUGCUUAAAAGGCACUGAGACGUUCUGCUCGGAACGUGCCAUGUACGGCUUCAACGACACCGAUCAAGGAUCGUUCGCCACUCACGCUGUUUGGCGCGAGGCGUUCCUCUUCAAGAUACCUGACAACAUCUCUGAUGAAGCUGCUGCUCCACUGCAGUGCGGUGGUGUCACUGUGUUCAACGCCUUGCAUAUGUACAACGCCCAACCCACUGAUCGUGUUGGUGUUGUAGGCAUUGGUGGUCUUGGCCAUCUAGCCAUACAGUACGCUACUAAGAUGGGCUGUCAAGUUGUCGUCUUCUCCUCCACUAAGGAGAAGAAGGCAGAGUGCCUGGGAUUCGGAGCCAGCGAGUUCUAUACUACCCAGGAUGUUAGUGAGCUUAAGGACAUCAAGCCAAUCAACCGUCUCCUCGUCACUACGUCAGAGCAGCCUAGUUGGGACAUUUUCAUUCCUAUCAUGGCUCCUGGAGGCAUGAUAUUCCCGCUGUCCGUCGCCGAAGGUAACUUCACUUGCUCAUACAUGAGCCUACUUGCGCAGGGCCUGAGUGUCCAAGGUAGCCUUGUCUCUUCACGUUACAUUCACAAGCGCAUGUUGGCCUUCAGUGCCCAACAUCAAAUAACGCCUGCCAUCCAGCGUUACAAGAUGUCCGAAGAAGGUAUCACGAAGGCUCUCGAUGAUCUUGAGAACGGUGACGUGAGAUAUAGAGCAGUCCUGAUCAACGAAGAUUAG